CAACCAACAAAACCUACCGCAGUAUCCUUCUCUUCGAAGAAUGAGAUCUCCUUUGUCUGCACGCUUCUUCCUACCCACCAAACCCUCCCCAUCGCGACCUUUCCUCCCUCACACUCCCCGAGAAGAAAGGAAGGAAGAAAGGAAGGAAGAUAUCGCAGCAUCUUCUUCCUCUUGUCUUCUAUCCCCAUGGAGGAGGUGAAGCCGAUCCCUCAUUCGCCAACCAAGAAAUGGUUCUUGGAUUGGCAGCGUGACGGCCACCACGAGAGGGAGAUGUUGCUCGGCGUCGACCUCUCGAAGCGCUCCUCCCUGUGCGCCGGUGACCUCCUCCAGAACUGCGAUCUUCCCCCUCCCCUCAAACUCUUCUCCCCCGUCGAACAAGAUGACAAGAAAGCUGUCCGGUCCUCUGGUGUUCGGUCCGAAGGAUGCUGUGUUGCUGCCAGCGAGGUCGAUCGGUGGGAUGGCGACGAGAACCCGAGCUUGUUGAGAGCUCUGCGGCUGUCGCAGACCCGGGCGAGGGAGGCGGAGAAGAGGGCGUCGCAGGAGCGCAGCAGGAACCAGGACCUGGUCGGGCUGCUCCUGGCCGACUCGCUCAGGCUGUCUGCUUAUAGGCGGUGGGUGGAGCUGCUGGAGGCCGAGGUGUCGGUGUUGCAGAAGAGGAUAUUGCGGCCGGCGCAGGGGGAGGAGCUCGGAGACGAAGGCUCCGACCCGGCCGCCGCCAUGACGUGGUGGUGCACCCUGGCCUUGUCCCUGGGCAUUGUCGGGGUGGGCUUUGCAUUAGGACGAUGCAUGUUCUGAUCGAUGACUCGCACCGUUUGGUGCAGAAUUAGACUGAUUCAGGACGAUGCCUGUACAUUUGAAACCAGUCGAUAGAAGAAGAUACGGUGCGGAGUCGUAUAUGAACGACAUGUUCGCUCCACUCUACCUCGUUUAGAACAGAGCAGAUUUCUCCUCCCCCCUUUCUUUUGCAUGACUUGGAUUGAAGCGGAAGGGAACUGAUCAUGAUUGCGGCAGUUCCAUGUAUCAGAAGAGAUUCAAAAGAAAGAUAACAAGGCAAUCAUGACCUCUGUGAAAGAGGAAGAACAAGACAAAUCAACUAGUAGCGAUUUGACUUCGGAUGCAGAGCUGGGUGAAGGGAAGAAGGGGUAGCAGGUGGUGGUGCAGACUUGACCACCAAGCUUCUGCUUAGCUUUAGAGACAGGAAACAUGAACGCUAGACAAAGAAAAAUGGAAGUGGGGCAUCACAAGUGUCUUGAGAGGCAAGUAUUCUUUCCAUGGACUUAGAAAUGGAGGGGAUUGAUUGGAACACUUGAUCACACAUGAAGUAGAAAUGCUGUGUCCAAGAAGUUUCCUUAUGUAUCAUUCAGAAUGUGAAGCAGCGGUCACAAAUAAGAUUUUUGCUGUGCAUUUGGUGGUUACUAUUCUCAUCAUCUCAAUGUACUUAUUCUCGGGUCCGCACAAUGUUGGACUCUUUUGUAAGCGCUGAGGAUGAUUGGAUUUCCUCUUACACAACCAAAAGCAACACCUGCUAAAGUUCA